UGAGAUUUGGGAAUUUUGGACGAGCCAGCAAAAAUUAACCUUCUUCUUCUAAGGUAGGAAACAAAAAGGUAACCCAAUGUCUCACACCCUCGUCCCACCUGCGUCUUCACACUCUGUGAUAGGGCCUCCCAAGCUUGGAGUUUCAAAACAUGGCCAUAGAAAUCUUACACUCAACACCUCAUUUCGAUUUACCAAUUCUAUAACAAUGGCACAUUCAAUCAGCAAUAGCACAGCCAAUAGGUGGUCCCUUCACGGAAUGACAGCUCUCGUCACCGGUGGCACCAGAGGAAUUGGGUAUGCAAUUGUGGAGGAAUUGGCGGGACUCGGGGCGAGAGUGCAUACCUGUGCUAGGAACGAUGCUGAGCUGAGCAGGUGCUUGCAGGAUUGGGGAAAUGAGGGUUUUGGAGUGACUGGUUCGGUGUGCGAUGUAUCAGCUCGAGAUCAGCGGGAGAAGUUGAUUCAAACAGUCUCUUCCGAAUUCAAUGGGAAGCUCAACAUUCUUAUAAAUAAUGUAGGAACAAAUAUACGGAAACCAAUGGUCGAGUUCACAGCUCAAGAAUUCUCUACGCUUCUGGCAACCAAUUUUGAAUCUGUCUUUCAUAUGUGCCAACUUGCAUAUCCUUUUUUAAAAGCAUCGGGAGCAGGAAGCGUUGUAUUCACUUCCUCCGUCUCUGGGUUUGUUUCGCUGAAGUCUAUGUCUGUGCAAGGAGCAACUAAAGGAGCAAUUAAUCAACUUACCAAAAAUUUGGCAUGUGAGUGGGCCAAAGACAAUAUCAGGAGCAAUGCAGUUGCACCUUGGUAUAUCAGAACCUCUAUGGUGGAGCAAGUUCUCAGCAAUAAAGAAUAUUUGGAAGAGGUAUAUUGUCGAACUCCUCUUCGGCGUCUAGGAGAUCCAACAGAGGUCUCAUCUUUGGUGGCUUUUCUUUGCUUACCUGCAUCAUCUUACAUCACUGGCCAGAUAAUUUGUGUUGAUGGAGGUAUGUCUGUAAAUGGUUUCUACCCUGUAAAUGACUUCAAGCAGUGACUUGGCAAUUUUUCUUGUUUACACUUUGUAGUCUGCAUACCUAGAGAAACAUUUUCCUACAUGUCAUUGUUUAUAGAUUGUGUUAAGAGGCUCCAAGAUCAACUUGAUCCACUUAUGGAUUUAUCUAAUCCCAAAAUUUUUGUUUAUUUGUUUAUUU